UACGAUUUUAUAAACAAGUUUAAAUUUGUUUGAGAACACCUAAUUAUUCUCUGCCACAAUAUUGAUUAGUUUAAAAAUAAUGUUAACGGAUCAAGUAGGAUGGUAAAUUAGUACUAAGUGCGCAUCCCAUUUAUUCCAAAGCUUAUUCAAGUGCUUUCAGUUGUUGUCAUCUAACUUAUCCGGUUCAAUAUUAUAACAGUACAUUUGAUUUCAAAUUGGGAUAACCACAGGAAUUAAAAUUCUUCAAUUUUUGUAUAAAACAAACUGAAAAAUUGCUUCAAAAUCAUUCAGUAAUCAGUUAUCACAACGUUUACUUGCUCAAAAUGAAAUUCACAAUUGUUUUUGUUGCACUUUUCUCUGUGGCUUAUGCUGCUACUUCACCAUUAGUCGAUGAGUCAAAGGGUGUUGGAGUUAUUCGUUACGAAAACACCAACAUUGGUGUUGGUGAAUACAACUAUGUCCUUGAAACCGCUGAUGGCAAAUAUGUAGAAGAAGAAGGAACUUUGAAGGAUCUUGGCAAGGAUGGAGGUAGUACGUACGCUGUCCAUGGAAAAUACAGCUACGUUGGACCCGAUGGUGUCACUUAUUUGGUCACCUAUGUUGCCGAUGAAAAUGGUUACCAACCCAGCGGUGACCAUUUGCCACAACUUCCCCCACAAAAAUAAAUUAUGACUGAUUACUGACUUAUUCGAAAACUUGACUUAUUUAAAGCUGUCAGUGGAUUUAAGCAAUUCGUUUACUUGCAAUUGAUUGCUAAGAAUAAAAAAUGAAAAAUGACUUUA